AUGAAAACCCAUCAAGAGAAAAGAGAGGUUCUGAAGAGGAUGUUUGAGGAGGAAGGGUUUGUGGUGGGGGAUGGGCUGAAGUAUGGAGUCGAUCUUCUGUUGUACACGGACAAGCCAUCCCGAGUUCAUUCGAAGUACGGUAUUCUCAUAGAUAGGAGGCACAGCUUCUUGGACAUUGUCGGGGCACAAAGAACAUGCACCUCUGUCAACAAGACACUGGUUGUGGUGUUUUUUGAAGGAUGUAAAGUUCGGAUGAUGAGUGUCGAGAGAAUGGAGCUGGGAGUGGAAAGGAAUGAACUGUGA